CCCACAUAGCUCUCCUCCCCUCCUAUAUGAUCACCCCCAAACGCUUCACCUUUUGAUCACUCUUAAAACAGAGAAAAACAGCGGAGGCUUCCUUGUAUUCAAGCUAUGGUUUCCUUUCAAGCACCCAUCCCUUCCAACCCCAGAGAGACAAUCUCAGAAGUUGAGAAUUCAUCGAACAAGAGAAAGCGGCCCGAGGAACCCCACAGUAGUCCUAAAGAAACUCCCGAGGAGAAGCGAUCAAAAUCGUUAUUUGGUAUCGAGCUUCAUCUUGAGACUCCAUUGCCCACUGAAUGGCAGAGAUGUCUUGAUAUGCAGUCAGGACAGAUACACUUCUAUAAUACAAGAACGCAAAAGACAACGUCCAGGGAUCCUACGAGAAGCCCUGAGCCACCGAGUGCCAGCGAUCAUCAUGGUGUGAGCUUAGACCUUGACUUGAAUCUUUCGUGUGAUUCGUUGAGGAAAAGCAACAACGUGAGAGAGGAAUUCAUGACUGAUAAGACGCAGGGUACUCUGCCACGGCUGACAGUGGAGGAGGAGGAGGAGGAGGAAGAGGAUCAGCAGCAGAUGGUUGCGACGGUGUGCAUGCGGUGCCACAUGCUGGUCAUACUGUGCAAGUCAUCCCCAGAAUGCCCCAACUGCAAAUUCAUGCACCGGCCGGAGGAAGGCUACGAACCCAAAUCGUUCAAGGCUAGGCUCAGCCUCAUGUGCUGAUCAUAUAAUGAAAUUAAGAAAUAUCAAGGUGGAGUCUUAAGCAUGUUAAUUAAAGCUCUAAUUAAUGGGUUUUCUUGUAUUGAGGUACGUAAGAUGGUAUUAAUGGAUCCUCCAUCUCCAAUCUCCAUUGAGAAAUGAAUGCUGAGCAGGGGAAGUUAUGGGGAGAAACUAACUUACAUCAUGUAAUGUACUAACUUUUAUAUAUAGCGUAGAUAAAAUAGUGUUUUACAUCGUUCCUAAUUUUGCUUGUGUUUGGGUAAGAGAAUGAAGACACGAAUGCCUC